GACAACCCCCGGAAAUACAGGGAACCCGUACACCAAAAAAUAACCUUGACAAACAAAAAGUGACUCACUCUUACUACUGUACAGUUUUUGUUGUUCUCUUCUCUCUCUUUCCUUGUCUGCCACACCACACAUCACACCCAAACAGUCUUCAGCAUUGCAGUCUCUGCAACACUGCUGCACCUUAAGCAUACACAGCAAAAGAGUAAACACAAGUAAUAAUACCAACAAUAAUUAGCAUUAAUAGCCACUUGAAAAGUUACAUAAAAAACUCAUUUUUAUUAUUAUUAUACAUAUAUCCUAAUGAAAGCUGGAUUUGAUGCCUACCCAAAAGCCCAUUCACUCAAUGAGAAAAAGAAAGUAAAAGGAAAGAACCCAAAAAAGAAACAAAAGGAAAAAUUGGCAGAGAGUGAAAGGUGAGUGAGUGAGUGAGUUUUUUUGUAGUGGGAGAAGAGAAAGAGACUAUCUUUCUUUCUCUUUCUUUUUGGAGUAUUAUUGGGUCAGUCAGGUUCUUUCGCCAAUGCCAAAGCUCUUCUUCACGCUCUCUGUCUAAAUAACAUGAUAUAUCAUAUAUCACUCUCUUUCAUCUUCUUCUAUACCAAUAACUACAAACACUUUCCUUUUUCUCUUAUCUUCAUCUUCAUCUUCUCAACAUGGGUUUGAUUGAUCUCAACACUACUGAGGAAGAUGAAGCACCUUCUUCUGGUUCAUCGUCAAAUACAAGCCUUGGUUCUGUUUGUUUGGAGCUGUGGCAUGCUUGUGCUGGUCCUAUGAUCUCUUUGCCGAAGAAAGGGAGUGUUGUUGUUUACUUCCCUCAAGGACAUUUGGAACAUGUUCAUGAUUUUUCGCUGUCUUUCUCUGAGAAUAUACAUAUACCUUCUCAUGUGUUCUGUCGGGUUGUUGAUGUUAAGCUUCAUGCUGAGGAAAGGAACGAUGAGGUGUUUUGUCAGGUGUUGUUGGUUCCUGAAAAUGAGCAAAUGCAGCAAAAGUUGAGAGGAGGAGAAGUUGAUGCUGAUGGUGGAGAGGAUACUGAUGCUGUUAUGAAGUCAACAACACCUCAUAUGUUUUGCAAGACUCUUACUGCUUCUGAUACUAGCACUCAUGGUGGAUUUUCUGUGCCUCGUCGAGCAGCUGAAGAUUGCUUUCCUCCCUUGGAUUACUCGCAACAAAGACCUUCGCAAGAGCUUGUGGCAAAGGAUUUGCACGGCCAGGAGUGGAAGUUUCGACAUAUCUACAGAGGGCAGCCACGAAGGCAUUUGCUUACAACUGGAUGGAGUGCAUUUGUUAACAAGAAGAAACUUGUAUCUGGAGAUGCUGUUCUUUUCCUCAGGGGUGAGGAUGGGGAGUUGAGACUGGGAAUCCGUAGGGCAGCUCAAUUGAAAAACUGCGGUAACUUUUCAUCCCUUUCUGGCCAGCAAUUGAAUCUUGGAAGCCUUACAGAUGUAGUUAAGGCUUUAUCUACUAGAUGUGCCUUUAGUGUUCACUAUAAUCCGAGGGUUGGUUCAUCUGAGUUUAUAGUACCUAUCCACAAAUUCUUGAAGAGCCGCGAUUAUUCUUACUCAGUUGGAAUGAGGUUCAGGAUGCGUUUUGAAUCAGAAGAUACUGCAGAGCGAAGAAUCACAGGAUUAGUUAUUGGAAUUUCUGAUGUGGAUCCUGUUAGAUGGCCUGGAUCGAAAUGGAAAUGCUUAAUGGUAAGGUGGGAUGACUUGGAAGCUUCUAGGCUUAACAGGAUUUCGCCAUGGGAGAUUGAGCCCUCUGGCUCAGCUUCCACCACCAAUAGCGCAAUGUCAGCUAGUUUGAAGAGGACUAAGAUUGGAUUACCUUCAACAAAGCUAGAAUUUCCAGUUCCCGAUGGAAUUGGAACAUCAGACUUUAGGGAAUCGCUGCGGUUCCAAAAGGUCUUGCAAGGUCAAGAAAUGUUAGGUGCUGAUACUAUUUUCGACAGUAUUAGUGCUCGGAGUCACCACCAGUUAUCUGAAUUACGAAGGUGCUAUCCCGGUUCAACCUAUCCCGGGAUUGCAUCAACAGGAAAUAGCAUCGGAAUCCCACAAAUGAAUUCUGAUGUUUCCUGCAAUGGCUUUGGCGAAUCGUUCCGAUUCCAGAAGGUCUUGCAAGGUCAAGAAAUACUUCCUAGCCAACCAUAUGGAAGAGCCUUGUCUGUUGUUGACAAGGCUUCUAGAAAUGGUGGCUUUGGACUUUUUGAUGUGCCGAGAUCCAGAAAUGGAUGGUAUUCUCAAACGAAUAACAACUCGCAUUUUCAUUCAUCCGCGUUAAUGUACCACCACCAGCAAGGUGCCAAUCCAGUUUCAAACUUGGAUUACAAUAACAAAAUAAAUCCGGCUAUGGAAGAUAAACUCUGCCAAAGAGGAUCAUAUCAUGCUUCUGAAGACUCAAACUCAUUUGCUACACGUUCACAUGAUUCGAUUUCACUACAGAUAGGCGGUCAAGAGAUGGUUUCCACAUGUAAAAGUAGCUGCAGAGUGUUUGGUUUUUCAUUAACCGAGGGUGCUCCCAUUGCAAAUAAACAGGCGGAACCAUCUGCUGUCACUUUACCGAUAAAUCCCGGACCUUCCUCCUUCACAAGACAUGUUGAAGAGGAUUUCAAUCCAAAGCAUUCACUCAGGAGCAAGGGUGUAGAAAGUUAUUGUACCAAAGUAAGCAAUCUUCAUCCUGUGCGAAACAUGGUAAUCGAUAGAGUAUUCUAGUGCACCUUUUAAAAAAAUGAAUCUGCGAGUUUUCGAACUGGAAUAGUUGAUAGAUGAGAAUAGACAUCUUUGAUAACUUAGUAUUAUUGUCUGCAGGGUGUGCUGCAGUGUUGACUUGAAAAUUGUGAUGUAUGCUAACAGUGAUGCUAGCUUGAGGUAGCAUAAGAGAAUGUUUGUUGUUGUUAUUGUACUUGUGUUUGUUGUAAUAGCUUAGGAUAUUGAGAACCAAAAGAUGUUGUUAACUAAUUGCUGAGUUUA